AUGUCCCUCAUAGGCCAUACCCAGAGGUCCAGCAAAAGGCCUUUUCCAAUGGAACCUUUUCUAAUGCCACAAGUUCCACGUGGCAAUUACUUGCAUUAUCAGGAAGAGAAACUAAGACUACAGCUAAAGAAAUUCCUCCUCCAUAGGAUGUUUCUAGUGGCCAAGAUACAAGCAAACAUGGAAAAAAAAGAAAUCACCGAUUACUAUGAACAAAUGUUCCAGUCGAUUUUGAAACAUCACCUAGGAGAAGCAGUGACAGGACUAUUGCUCAUAUAUCCCACUUCCAUUCUGCAUAUCCUUGAGUCUUCCAAUGGUACUCUUUAUCAAAUUCUUUCAGAUUAUCUUGGCCAUGAAGAGGAUGAAACAGACUUUUUCAUCCAAGAAAUGAAAAUUAUAGUCAUAUCCCAUAACAUCCCAACGAGGCUCUUCAUGCAAUGGCAUGUUUCUGUAAUAAAAGGGCCGGUUAUGUAUCUUGAUGAUGUGACACAAUCAGAGUCCCUAGAAGAGGUCAUCACAGAAUUUCUCACCCAAACUCAUAAACUGGCACUCCACCUUUUUAAGACUGUUAAAGUGGGCACUAAAGGACCAGGUGAUAACUUGCACCAACUUGCACCUGACCUGCUUCUCCCAGAACAAAUUGUAAAGUACUUGUGCAAAUCUGAAGAAUUCCUGGACCCAGCAACAUUCAUGAGCAUGUAUAACAAACCCAUACAUAUCAUUUUGGAUUCUGAGGUGGUAUGGCCUGCUCCUUCUCGUUUCUAG